AGUGGCGCGAGCGCAGGGGUUAGGCGGGCGCGGAGAAGUAGCCGCAGAGUGGACCUGCAGGUGCUUGGAUCUUCAGUGGGAGCUGCGCUCUCGAGGGCAGAACGGCGGCCGCGGCAGAUACAAAGACCUGAAGAAAGUCUUUUCUGUCCAAAGAUGGAAAACAGCACUACUACCAUUUCUCGGGAGGAGCUUGAAGAACUACAAGAAGCAUUUAAUAAAAUAGAUAUUGAUAAUAGUGGGUAUGUCAGUGACUAUGAACUUCAAGACCUGUUUAAGGAAGCAAGCCUUCCUCUGCCUGGCUACAAGGUGCGAGAGAUUGUGGAGAAAAUUCUGUCAGUUGCUGACAGCAACAAAGAUGGCAAAAUCAGUUUUGAAGAGUUUGUAUCUCUAAUGCAAGAAUUAAAAAGCAAAGAUAUCAGCAAAACAUUCCGAAAGAUAAUUAACAAGAAGGAAGGGAUUACUGCUAUUGGAGGAACUUCAUCUAUUUCCAGUGAGGGCACACAGCAUUCUUAUUCAGAGGAAGAAAAAGUGGCUUUUGUUAACUGGAUAAACAAAGCCCUGGAGAAUGACCCUGACUGUAAGCAUCUUAUACCCAUGAAUCCCAAUGAUGAUAGUCUUUUCAAGUCACUUGCAGAUGGCAUCCUUCUUUGCAAAAUGAUCAACUUAUCUGAACCAGAUACAAUUGAUGAAAGAGCCAUCAAUAAGAAAAAGCUCACGCCUUUCACCAUUUCUGAAAAUUUAAACCUAGCUCUGAAUUCUGCCUCGGCCAUUGGUUGUACAGUGGUCAACAUUGGUGCAUCGGAUCUCAAAGAAGGAAAACCUCACUUGGUCUUGGGACUUCUCUGGCAAAUCAUCAAAGUUGGCCUUUUUGCUGAUAUUGAGAUUUCUAGGAAUGAAGCUCUGAUUGCAUUGCUGAAGGAAGGUGAGGAACUAGAGGAGCUGAUGAAGCUUUCUCCCGAGGAAUUACUGCUGCGAUGGGUGAACUACCAUCUGACCAAUGCAGGAUGGCAUACCAUUAGCAACUUCAGCCAAGACAUUAAGGAUUCGAGAGCCUAUUUUCAUCUGCUUAAUCAGAUUGCCCCUAAAGGUGGGGAAGAUGGGCCUGCCAUUGCCAUUGACCUUUCAGGAAUUAAUGAGAGAAAUGACCUGAAGCGUGCUGGACUCAUGCUUCAAGAAGCAGAUAAACUGGGCUGCAAGCAGUUUGUUACUCCUGCAGAUGUGGUUUCAGGCAAUCCUAAACUUAAUUUAGCUUUUGUGGCUAAUCUGUUUAACACAUACCCAUGCCUGCACAAGCCGAAUAAUAAUGACAUCGAUAUGAAUUUACUGGAAGGGGAGAGCAAGGAAGAGAGGACAUUUCGGAACUGGAUGAAUUCCUUGGGAGUCAACCCGUAUAUUAAUCAUUUGUACAGUGACCUUGCAGAUGCUUUAGUGAUCUUUCAGCUCUAUGAGAUGAUACGAGUGCCAGUCAACUGGAGCCAUGUCAAUAAACCUCCUUAUCCUGCCCUUGGAGGGAACAUGAAGAAGAUUGAAAACUGUAACUAUGCAGUGGAACUUGGGAAGAACAAGGCCAAAUUCUCCUUAGUUGGCAUUGCUGGGCAGGACCUAAAUGAAGGGAAUUCAACACUUACCCUGGCAUUGGUAUGGCAGCUGAUGAGAAGGUACACAUUGAAUGUGUUAUCGGAUCUUGGAGAGGGUGAAAAAGUAAAUGAUGAAAUUAUUAUUAAAUGGGUCAAUCAGACUCUUAAAAGUGCAAACAAAAAUACUUCUAUUUCCAGCUUCAAGGAUAAAUCUAUAAGCACAAGUUUACCUGUCCUAGAUUUAAUAGAUGCCAUUGCACCAAAUGCAGUUCGUCAAGAAAUGAUCAAGAGAGGAAACUUAUCUGAUGAGGACAAGCUGAACAAUGCUAAAUAUGCCAUUUCAGUUGCUCGAAAGAUCGGUGCUCGGAUAUAUGCAUUACCUGAUGACCUCGUAGAAGUGAAACCAAAGAUGGUUAUGACCGUGUUUGCAUGCUUAAUGGGAAAAGGACUGAACAGAAUAAAAUAAUCACUUCAUAUGAUUUUCCGCCACAUAAAACAUAUUCUAUGCCUGACAGUUUACAGAAUUCUAAAAUGUAGUGGGUAUAAAACCAGAGAUUAUUUGUAUGCUCAAAAUAGUUAUAUAUUCAUUAAUGGAUUCAAUAUCCUGUUCAUACUAGUUACAGCUGCCUUUUUGGAUAACACAGUUAAUUUACCAGCUGAUACAGAUAAUAGAAUAUAUUCAUAAUCAAGCUGAUACUUCAUGAUUAAAUUAUUUUGUUGCUUAAAAGUCUUAUUAAGACAAGACUAAUUCAUUCUUUUUUAUAGUUCAAAAAAGAUGAAUACAAAAGUUUUUGCAGGUUCUGCUGUGAAAUUGUUUUGAUUUUUGUGUGUGUUAAUUUUGAUCAUAAAUGCAUUCAUACUCA